CACCCAGUUUUCAGUAGAGUGCUGCACGCGAGCAGGAACCAGGGGUUUGUGAAGCAGUCUGAUGAUCAGUUAUGAACUCCAUAGUGGAUGACUGGAGCUGUUACUUACUGCAAUGAAGCGGAAGCAGUCCCGAGAAGCCGUUGCCGAGCUCGAUCCGCCGCCGCCUUCACAGUUACAGCUCAAUUUCGCCGUGAAGAGGAACCUACGAUCGAAGCUUCCUCGUAGAUGCCGUUCUAAGUUCUCUCCGAUUCUCCGCUCUGCUAUGCUCUCGACUGAUGCCUCAUUCGCGUCCGGCAGAUCUUCAGUGCGUCGCUCGGAAGUUAAGACUAGAUCCGGCGAAACUGGGAAGAAGGACGUUCAAUUGGAGUUCUCCGAGUCCUCGUGCGUGGAGUCGAAUUCUGGAGCUUGUAGAGGUUACGGCGAAUUGAAGUUGAAGUUCAAACUGAAGAAGCCUGAAAAUGCGAACGGAAUUGAGGAUUCCGACGCGGCUGUACGAUCGGAGGUUUUCAGCAUUGAGAGAUUUUCACUACCUGUCAAAGCUAGGAGGUCCGAGAGUCAGAACGAGAGCGUAACAGGAAUGGCAAAGGAAAUCGACGAGAGCGAGAUUUCGAGUCAGACGAAAUUUUCCGGCGAAGUAUCCAAUAUCACGGCGGAGAAAGUGAAACGAAGUGAGGAUGCGUUUGAUUUCAUUGAAAACGAUGUCGUUUCGCUCAGUUCUGCUUUAGAAUCCGCUGCUGAAUCGAAAUUUGCAGAGAGCAGAGCAUUUGGUGACGAGGUGUCUAAGCCGGAAUGUGGUGCGUGGGUCAUACAGAAGCCUCUUGCAACCGACUUUGAUCUGGAAUGCUCGGAGCAGUUAUUUCACGGAGAUGAGGUUUUCGAUGAUUACUCCUCUGCGUACUCUGAGCUUCAGACGGAUAUUCUCCUGGAGAAUUCCCAAUUGGAGCUCUCCGAUUAUAGUCCGUCAAUUUGGUGCGACUCAGGCAGCCAAUUCUCUGAGCAAUAUAGCAGCGAGGAUUGUCCUUCACGUACUUUCCAGUUGUUCCGUCAGUUCAGCGAAGAGUUCCACUGGUCAACCAAUGCUCUGGAAGACUCGGCAUACCUUGGAGAUGACACCAUUUGCGGAGAUAUCACUUUGGGAUUGGGAGAAGAGGAUGAAGAGAGCUACAGGAUGCUUAGAAGCAGAGAGAGAAGGCAAGUGUAUUUAAGAGACUACACCAAGGAGUACUGCUCGGACACAUGCUAUGGCGAGCUGGUCAUUCAGCAGCGGCUGAAGAUGGUCCAUUGGAUUGUCCAGCAAGCUGCAAAGAAUGAACUUCAAAAGGAGACAAUGUUCUUAGGAGUUAACCUCUUCGACCGGUUUCUAACAAAAGGAUACUUCAGAGAUGAGAAGAAACUUCAAAUAGCUGGCAUUGCUUGCCUAACUCUUGCCACCAGAAUAGAAGAAAACCAGCCUUUGAACUGUAUUCGCAGUGAGAAAUUUGAGGUAGGAACCAAGGUAUACAGCAGAACCGAAGUGGUGGCUAUGGAGUGGGUAGUGCAAGAGGUUCUUAGCUUCCAGUGCUUCCUCCCCACCAUUUACAACUUCUUAUGGUUCUACCUGAAAGCUGCUAGAGCUAGUGAAACGGUGGAAAACACAGUGAAGUAUCUGGCACUAGUGACACUACUUGGCUGUGAGCAGUUGAGUUACUGGCCGUCAACCGUAGCUGCAGUGCUGGUUAUCCUCACACUAUCUUCCAUGGGUCAGCAUGUCUCCUGUGACCUUAUCAGACAGUCUCAUUCCAGAACCGAUGAUCGUGAUCUACCCAAAUGCAUGAAGAGCUUGAAAUGCUUGCUGGGGUACAAAAAAAUCCAACGCGGAUAAGCAUCCCAAGGGUUCAACGCCUCCCAUUCAUUCCACCCGGAUUUCUCCUCAAUACCAUUUCAGAAGGUCUCAACAACUGGUUGGCCUUAGCAUUCUUGUUUUUUGCAAGUGUAACUAUGUAUGACGACAGACAACAUAGAAGGAAAUAUAAUAUAGUCUUCACAAGGAA